CGUUAUUGAAAAUUGGAGUUUAAAUUUUGUAUUCUAAUUUUUAAUGCUGCUUGUUUGGUUACCAUACCGUGAUUGCAUAUUUUUUUUAAUUUGUAAAACGUCGAAACAUCGUGUGUUACGUUCCUUUUAGCCAGUAUAUAUUUAGUUUUGUAUUUUUACACCAGGUAGCGAAGUGCUACCGGAGUGGGCUCCAACGUCACCAUUGCAAUUAAGUUACUUCUUAAAACAAAAUGCAGCGUUUAAACUACUCAGCACAUCUUUGAACAAAAUAACAAAUCCGUCAAAAUGCCAUCCGGCUGUUACAGAGUAGAGGUUCUAAGUUAUUUAAAUCCUCAUCUUAUUUGGGUAGAAGUCUGUGAUCAGUUUUUGCCAAAAAAUGAGUAUUUGUUCGAACAAAUUGGCGUUUACGGCGUUUUACCACUGGAAAAGACGUUGAAUGUCAUAACCGAGGGUCUGAAUAGCAAAAAAUGUAAUGACUGGCUGCCCGCUACCUCUGUUGUUAUGAAAGAUUUCUUUGAGAAAAAAGAUGAAAUAUGGUUUUCGCCGACACAUAUAGAUCGAAGAACAUCCAUAUUUGAUGACAACUUACAUAAAUAUGGGGAGCUACUAAUCAAAUCAGAGACUGGAAAGCUAAAAAAGCUAUCAAAACAUUUACUUCAAUCUGGCUUUGCUUAUAAAGAUGUUUGUGAAUUUCAUGAGAAACUAAGUUGCGGUAAACUAAACACUAAAUUAAACCCAGAUGAAACUCAAACUGUAAUCAUGAAGCUUGAAAAUUAUUAUAAAAGAAUGAAAUACCCAAAAAAUAAUUGGAAGAAAUCUGUUGAAAAACAGACAUCUGUAUUUCAAAUGACACAAAGUUUUGAAUCAGAACUAUCAGUGUCUAAUUUAGUGUUAAAUGAUAGGGUUCUUAACAAAACACUAAAAAAUAAAUACAAAGAUUUUGAACUGUGCAAAGAUGUUGAUGAAGAAUCUCUGGGUCGUGGUUACCAUAAAGAUAAAUCUGUAAACCCAGAAGCGAACAAGGAGACACUGAAGUCACAGUAUUUGAUAAAAAAAUUAUCUAUGAUGUCAAAUUCUAAGAAAUCUGGAGAUUUAAACCAAACAUACAGUGACAUAGUAAAUUUUUUGAACACCAGUUCAAGGGUUAAGGAAAACCUAAACCAAACUAAUGAAGCUCUAAGUACUACUAGUGACAAUAAUACAUCUUCAGAAAUGGAUGUAGUUACAAAAGAAAACAUCUUAAGUAGAAAGUUAAAACAGUUUAAUGAAGUUGAAAAGUUUAAAAGAAGAAUAAGUUCUGGAUCAGAAAGUGGAAAAACUAAUGAGGAUAUACAAAAUGUUCAAAAUGUUCGUUCGGCGGAAGAGUCGAAACUAGGACAGGAAAAACAUAAUGUGAAAAAUAUUGAUAAAGGUUGUAAUCAAUUUGGACAAAAAUUGAAUUCUGGUUAUGAAAUUCAAGUAACAAAAAAUCUAACUGACCACUGUGGAGAAAUAACUAGAGGUGAUGGAUUUCAAGAGAAAAAAGAUAAUAACUCUAAGAGAGCUGCCACCAACGUAAGUAGUGGUAGCGUAACUCGGAUUGCGUUUGGCCCACCAGGAUUACGGCCAACCAGCUUCAAUAUCCAACUUAUGACAGUACCAGACUUUGUAGAAGAAGAGGAGCUGACAUUGGAUGCAGAAAAAGAAGCUCCAGAGAAAUGUGAUCGUAUGUAUGAUGAAGUUGACUCUGAAGUUGGGAUUGAAAUAACUAACAAAAACACUCUUAAAGACUAUUUACAAAAGGUUAAUAAUGUAAAUUUUAGUAAUGAUAGUGAUAAAAUAGUACAAAAUGAUGGAAAAUCUGUAAAAAGUAGUAACAGGUACAAUUUAGUUUAUAAUAAAAAGCCAAUACAAAAGGAAAAUAUAUUACAUAAUAAGAGCGGAGAUAUUAACAGUGAUGAUUCAGUUGAUAAAUAUACAUCUUCAUUAAUUAAACGCAAAUUAAAAGUCUACUAUAACACAGUCAAACAAAAUUGCAACUUUUCUGGUUCGGACACUUCGAAUAAAGAUUCAUCUAGUGGCGACGAAAGUAUUGAAAAAGUAAUUGAUAGAUUAACCUUGAAAUAUAAAGAUGAUAGUAUCAGCAAAAAGGAUGGUAUACCUGCUAAUGAGGAAGUGAGCAUAAUUAAACUUAAAAACCACGUAAAUCCGUUUAAAAAUAUUGAUCCUAAUAUAUCUGUUUUUGUCGAUAAACUGGUCUCUCCAGUUCUAAUGGUACAUUCCAAAGGAGAUAAUCGUAUUCAACCUGUUUUUGAGCUCAGAGAUGUUUAUUUUAACGGUCACAUUCAUAAUGUUAUUAGAAACUUAUCAAUAGAUCAGCCUAUGACAGUGCAAUCUAUAACUUGGUCUGUAAUUUUACGAGGAUUAAGUUUAUUCAUAAUCAGUCCGAUGGGUAGUGGAAAGACUUUAGGUUAUUUACCGGCUGUGUGUAGCUUAAUUAGCGAUUCUAUACAGUUAAAUUGUGAGAGAUGUGGCCCAGUUUGUAUUAUAGUUUGCGCUACAGCACAAUCUGUCACUUACGUUGAGAAGAAGGCCAAAAUGUUUCUGGAAUCUAAGAAAAGAGUUUUAGCUUGUUAUGCAGGUGUUGAUAACUUUCAUAUAACAACUUCUUUACUGAAUGGAUGUGAUUUGUUAAUAUCCACCCCAUCUUGUCUGGUUAGGUUAAUGCAAGCCACAGACUUUGGGGUUGAAUUAGGGCGUCUUUCAACAUUUGUUCUAGAUGAUUGCGAGCGUUUGUCGGAAGUGUACGCUGAUGAUAUUAAAUAUUUUACAUACCAAAUCAAAGAAAUGCUAAAAUUAAGAGCGGACAAACAUUUGAAAGUCCAAUAUAUAGUUGCCUCUCGGAUAUGGUGCGAUUUUUUUACACCUUUAGCAAAGAAAAUUCCUGAUACAGUAGUCGUUAUUGGUGCAUUCCAAGAAUGCGUCUUGUAUUCUAAAUCAAAUACAUCGGUGACUCUUAUUAAAAAAGAGAAUAAAAUUGACUCUGUAUUUGAAUUUUUGAAGGAUAUUAACGCUUCCAAAAGAACUGUUAUAGUCUGUCGGUCGAAUGACGAAGUAGCGUUGUUAGAAAAAGCAUUAAAACGAUCUAAACACGUUGUUUUCUCAUGUGACAAUGAUAUGACCAUUCACGAUUUGUACAAUAUGAGUGUUUCAUGGGCGGAUUUCGAAGAACCUUUAAUUGGUCCAAUACUUAUCUGCUGUGACAGUAAUUUAAUGCACAUGAAUAUAACUGAUGCUCACAAUUUAAUUCAUUACUCAAUGCCACCUUUGUUUUCAAUGUUUUGCAAACGUUUCUCCGUUUUGAAUGAUAAUUACCCCUCCAUUUUUAAGGCAAAUAACGAAAAUAUCCAAAUUAAAAUUCUAUUAGAAGAAAACAAUGUAGAACAAUUGCCGAAACUUUUGAACUUUAUAAAACGUUGCACUGACAAUGUACCCGAUAUUUUAGAUGAGAUUUCAUCCAAUAUCUUAGCAGAAAAGGAUAAGAUUAAAGCUAUAAAAUACUAUCCAAUUUGUGAUAGUCUACUUACUUUAGGAUACUGUCCUGAUAUUUACAAUUGUCAGGAAAGACAUACGAUUUUUAAAGAAUACGACUCUCCUAAAGACUGGAUGCCUAAAGGAGGAACGAUUACGUGUAAAAUUCUUUACUAUCAGUCUGCAACUUUAUAUUCCGCGAGACUACUAUCGUGUACUGUGAAUGGAACGACAACUAACUACCCUCAAACGUACAGUAAACUUUCUAUGAAAAUGGGGACGUAUUAUAGCAAGGAGUCUAAUAAAAAACUUCAUGGCAUACCUAAAAUUGGUGAUGUUUGUGCAAUAUCUAUAAAAUUAAAUUUCUUCUUACGAUGCCAAGUAUUGAAGAUUUUGAGCAAAUAUGAAAGAGGUAAUCCUAAUAAAGUAUUAGUGAAAUUGAUCGAUGAGGAACGGAUGGAAGUGACAAGGGAUAUUUAUCUCUACCAUCUACCAGAAGAACUGAAACAGAUAGCUUCGCAAGUUGUGCUAGUCCGACUGGCCAAUAUAGAACCCAAAGACAAAGAUAUAACUUUCUCAGACUUAGCCAGAGACAGGCUUAAGAAUAUCACAAAUACAGAUACAGAGUUAUUUGUUAGAGGUAAUGUCGCCCUAACUAUCGGUAACUGUAUAUUCGUUAACACUCUAGAAGCUUGCCAAGAAUUGACUUCUCUCAACGAAGUAGUUGUAAAAUACGAUUUGAAACAAGAAUUGUUAAGAAAUCAUGCAAUACCAAAUCCAGCACAUUUAAUCAAACUUGAAAAAUUAUGUAUACAAAGUGGAUUGACUGUGAAGCAAGAAUCAAAGAUGAUAGAACCUAAAGAUCCCGUUAAAAAUCUUUCCAAUGGUACUUGGGCCCAUUUAGAAGUUGAUUGCAUGUCAAGCGUGUUCUUUGCGUCUGCAAUUAAUCCUGAUAAAUUCUUUGUACGUCUUGACAAAUUUGAGUCUUGCAUGUCUGGACUUUUAAAGGACAUUAAAAAAUACGUCGAUGCAAACCCUACGCAAUGUGGAAGUGUGAAAGAAGGCGAAAUAGUUUUAGCCAAAUUCCCCGAUGAUGAAACAUAUGAACGUGCUCGAAUCGAUCAUAUAAAAGAGGACUCAGUCAAGUGCUUUUUCGUUGACCAAGGAGAUUGGAGGGAAAUUCCAUUGAAUCAUUUGAUACCAAUUACAGAACAGUUAGUAAACCAACUACCUUUCCAGGCUAUUGAAUGUCGGUUGGUAGGAAUUAAGCCGUUAGGUGAUCAAUGGACAGAUUUUAGUACAUACUGGUUCAUUGAUAAUUGCUAUAAUGAUAGUGGCAAUUUAAAAUAUUUAUUCGUUAAAUAUUAUUCCAAAGAGCCAGCCGAAUUCACAAAUGGUCAUAAAUACGGUGUAGCUGUAAUAGAUACGAAUAUAGAACAUGAUGUUAUUCUAAACCAGCUAAUGAUCGAUUUGAAUCUUGCCCAAGAAAAACAUAGCGAGAUAGAAUACCUCGAAAAUUUAAAAACGAAAGAACCAGAACGAAAUCCUACUGUCGAUAUGAAAAAUAAAGAUUACGAAGAAGCUGUGACAAGAGGCCAUCAAGAACAGGUGAAUGUCAGUAUGGAUGAACAAUCCGUCGUUCCAUCACAAAGUAAUACAUUCUUAAAAACUCCAUUAAGAUCAGUUCCUUUAGUCAAUUCUGAUAACGAAAGUGAUGAUUCAGAUAAAUGGGAUGUUAACGUUGGCGAUAAUUAUAUGGACUUAUUCCCAGUUCUUAAGGAUCUCAAAAAGCUUCGAGAUAACGUGCCUCAAGUUAACACCGUAAAACCUGAAGAUGCAUUUAACAAACCUAAAAAUGUUAUUCAAAAAACUGAAGCUAUUGAAUUAGAUUCAGAUGAUUUGACUUCACCUGAUGGUACUUUACUGGCGAAAGUAUCACCCAAGGAUACAACUUUGAUUAAUGAUGAAAAAGUUGAGAAAAAUAAGCCAUUUUUAGAAAAAAAAAUUGAUGCUGACCAUAAAAUUAGUCCAGUUUUAGAAUCAGCAAAUUCAGCAAAUAAGAAAAUGAAGUCAUCAUUAAAUUUCACUGAAGAAGAUCAGAAAAGGCGACCAAAGUUAGUUUGGCGCCAAAAUAAAACCUCUGUAACUGUAAAAAUUCAGUUAAUUGGCGCCGAUGAUUAUAAACUAAAUAUGAGUGAUCGGGUUUUGGAUUUCAGUGCUAAUUUACAUGAUACGGAUUUUGCUUUUAAAUUAGAACUUUACGGAGUAGUUGAUAAGGAAAAGUGCUCCCAUGUGAACAAGGGGCAAUAUAUUUUGGUUAAACUUAAAAAAGUAUUGACCAAAAAUUGGUUAACUUUAACCAGAGAUGGCGGCAUUAAAAAGUGGAUUGUAUAUGACGUUGAUAAUUUGGACGCUUCAUCUGAGGAGGAAACCGUCGAUGAUACUAUUAAAGAUAUAGUUAGAAAUAUACACGAGAGUGUCGAUACUGAAAGUGAGGAUGACGAUGUUUACGAUGAUAUUAUGAAUUAAUAAAGCCCGCGGAAUUUGGAACUCCCUAGAAAGGACCUAUAUCCAGCUGUGGACGUCCACCGGUUGACAGGGUGAUGAUCAAGGUCUAAUUUAUAAACAUCGAUUCUGUUUGUUUGUAGUGACUACGACCAGUUCGGAAAACGGAUUCAACUGAUAGAAAGCCAGAGUUCUGUGUUUGCUUUUUUCAACAUUUUAAAAUUCAACAUUAAUUUUUCUAUCCUUUGAGCGAUUAAUAAUAAUAAUAAUAAUUUAUUUUUUAAAUAUUAAAGCGGAGGCGACUGUUUCCAAGCAAUAGGUACGUUUAGCAGUAGUUGAUAAUCGGUGAAAAUUAUGAUGAAUGCUUCUUUUACUUCCCCUUGACGCAUAGCCCACGUUAUGUGUGUGAUUAACGCCCGACGUACAAGACAAUACCUAAUUAAGUAGCACAUUAUCUAAGGAGUGUCUCAUUUACCUCACAAAUCGAUUUUCACUAGGAAACUCAUACGAACUAACCUGUCUAUGACUCUUGCCACGAGUUGUCGUAUUUUGAGUUUGUAUUAUCAUAUUUUUCAUUUUUAGUAUGAAUUUAAGGUUAUUAAAGAAAAACUAAAUAAAUUUUUUUAUCUGUCAAGUGUCAGUUUUCGAAUUCCCUAAAAAUUACGCACCGCUAAAUCGGUGUCGUAAAUCAUUUCCUAGGUUUAGUGAAAACAAAACGAGAUGUUCGCAUGUUUUACGACAGAUCCCCCGUCUAACCAAAACCCCCUUUGGGAAAGCCUGUGAAUAAUUGCUACCAGAUCAAAGGAGGGAGAUUCUUAUUCCAUAAAUCGGAAAGUUAGUAUCCUUGCGCAUCCGCACGAUAUUAUUUAAUCCUUAAGAAGUUUAUCUUCGCAUCAGACUCAUUGUGAUUUUUUAAACAUUGGAUAUUAGCUUCUUUUCGGAAUUCCCAUUUCCGCUUCGACACCGGAGCAUCCUCGGAAGGUGUUGACUUUGAAAUGAAAGAUUGCUAAGUCUAAUGCUUACUUAGCAAUUGUUGAGCGAACGGUGCGUAGAGAAUACAUUGCGGAAGGUCUGUUUGAUGUGGAGUAUAAAGAUUGAAGAAAUUAUAAAUUACACCUUACAGAUUCUCCUGCUUAUCGCGGAGUAUAGACAAUUAAGCUUAUUGGGCAGCUAUUUAAUUUUUAAAUACUAAUAGUUGAUGAACCAGGCAGAUGGGCCACCGUAUGGUAUGUGGAAAUCCAUCGCAACAGAGCAAUAUUUCGCAAUUAACAUGUUUCAAACAUUUCCUAUCGGCAAUAUACCCUCUACGCACGUUUCGCUCCGAAACCGGAGCAUCCUCAGGAGAUGUUGACUUUACAAUGAACAAUUGUUUAUUCAAUUGCCCAAAUUUCAUCAGAGAUUUGGACGGCCCGCCACGAUGGCAACCACUACCUGUGAUCAGAAUUUACAGAAGGGAAAUGAUGAGGUACCAGCAGCACAGCCUGGAGGCAAAAAUCAACGUGGAAAGUUAUUCAAGAAGUCUUCCGCAGGCUCAGAAAACACAGCGGCUCCACCAUUGCCACCCCGUGACGCUAACGCCACCGGUCCAAAACCAAAAGCGCUGUCUACAGUCCCAACCAAGCCUAAAAACGAGCCGAUGUUUUCGGAUCUCGACUUGAUGGGUUAUACUCUCUCGCUCUUUUAAACACCUGGGACAAAAUUGAAUUCAUUUGCUCCUCCGUUUCAGCAAAACAAAGUAUUUCAUCUAUGUAAUUUACAACUCCUGUUAUAGAGCUAAAUAUUUCUGAUAAAAAUUUUUUGAAAAACUUCUGAGGCAAUAGAUACACCAAAAGGCAUACGAUUAAAUUUGUACAUACCAAACAUAGUAGCAAAAGUACAAUAAUUAGAGCUGUUUUCAGACAAUGCAAAUAUGCCAAAAUGAAUCUUUGAGGUCUAAUACUGAAAAGAAUUUAGAUUUAUUUAACUUAGUAGAUAAGUCUGCAAUAGUUGGUAUGUAACAAUAAUCUUUAACAAUUGCAUUGUUUAGAUCCUUUGGGUCGAGGCAUAUUCUAAUGGUUUUAUCGGGUUUUUCAAUUAUUACUAAUAUAUUUACCCAUUCAGAUGGCUCUCUUACUUUACUAAUAAUGCUAAGACCCUCCAGUCUAAUCAGUUCAGCUUCCAAUUUGGGUCUUAGUUUAAGUGGUACUCUAAAUGGUGGCUUGGAAGUUGGAAUUGUCUCUUUCUUUAACUUAAUAUCAUAAGUUUUAUUAAACUUACCAAUACCUGUAAAUAAAUCACUAUUAACUUUGAUUAAGUCCUCUUUGUUCCAUUUAUUUUCUUUUAACACAGAGAGUACUCUUUUUACCAAGUUCAGCCGCACACAUGCAUCACGACACAAUAUUGGCAUUGAAUUCUCAUUUCCUGCUAUGCAAAAUGUCUCUAAAUAUGUUUUGUUAUUUACUCCAAUACUCAUUUUAGCUAAUCCUUUAACUGGUGUCUUAAAACCAUUCCAACUUUCCAGUCUUGCACAUGUGUCGGACAAUAUUAUAGGAUUAGUUGAAUUUAUUUUUUCAAAAAGGUGCACAGGCAAAAUAUUAACAUCAGCUCCAGGAUCUAAUUUGAAACUUAUUUUAUUGUUUCCUGGUAGCAUUACAUCUUGAUACCAGGCUAAUGAAUCGACUGACAACUUGCAGGUAACCGUUUCAAUGUAGUAAUCUACCUCAGGUUCGAUUGUCACUUCAUUAGCAGUUUUAAUAGUACGGCACAUUCUAGCAAAAUGGUUUCUUUAUUGCACUUUGCACAUGUUUUAGACCAAGCAGGGCACUGACCGUAUGGAUGAGUGCUCCCACAGUGCAAACACUUCCUUUUAUUGGUUUUUCUCUAUUAUAGGCAAAAGAGUCCACCUCAUUUGUUUGAAUUUCUUUUAUUU